GAAUGCCUUAGCGAGUGUAUUCACAGACAGCAUAUUAUAUCUAUCAAUACAAAAACUAAGGAGUAUAAGCUCUAAUCUACUAUAUACACAUUAUAAUACAGAUUUGCAUUACUAUUAACAGGAUGACAACUUAAUUAGCUAAAACUGCAAUCAAUUUCCUGUUAUGAGUUUCUAUUGAGUGAUUUUUUUCUUUGGAAUAAAACUUUGAAAAGAAAACUCAUUCAUCAUGGGGUCAGCUGAUGGAUCUACAACUAACGAUAAAAAGAAAAACGUUCAUAGAGAUAGUGACAUUGUUGAAAUCAACGAAAAACAUGGACCUCUGUAUAAUGCUAUUCCACGGAUGCAUCCUGCUGCAGCUAUUAUAUUGUGUUUACUAAAUAUCUGUGCCCCAGGUUUUGGUACAUUGAUAUCUUCCUUUACUGUUUUUUGUGGAGCUCAGACAAAGAUAAGUAAACGUAGGAAUGCCUUCCUGUUAAAUCUGUUGGCCGCUUUCCUACAAAUGGUGACAUUUCUUGUGAUUGUUGGGUGGAUAUGGAGCAUUUUAUGGGGUAUGAAUUUCGUACAGAUUGCACUGAAGAAGGAUGACGACGUUAAGAUUCCAUAUUAUGCCCGCCGACAAAGUAGUGUGGAUUUUCUUACUUGAUUGAUAUUAUUACUGUUAUGCAGAUUAUUUCUCGAAGUGUUCAUUCCUGUACGGACUGGUAUGUGUAGUGAAAUUACCGAAGACACAAUUUUUUCUGUUUCAUUUUGGAUAUUGUGCAUUAUUCAUUGGCUGAAUAUUCCCAAGAUGGCUAUAAACAAUAAAUCAACAAUAUUUGUGAAAAUCAAAUCCAAACAACAAAUACUGUUGUUUUAUUUAUUUAGUAGAACUUUUAUUAUAGUAGCCUUAAACACAGGUUUAAUAUUGACAAGCGUCAUUGCUAGACACCUUCCUUAUUCUGUUCUUACAUGUUAUACUUCUUUGUGAUCACCGUGGAGGAGUUAAAUACUUUACUCAAUGUUUAACCAAAGUUUUUUUAGCUUUUUUCAUACCUUUGCUGCAUAGUAUUUAAACUCAACAACAUGAAACAUUCAAUGUUCUAAAAGUCGGUAAAUUGUAAGUGGUAGAUAUUGUAAUAUGCUCAUUUUGAAAAUAAGGUCCUUAUGUUUACUGUCAUAGGCUCCAGACUUAUAAGUGUGCAAAAAACAAUUUUGAUGGCAUGAUCACAAAAUAUCGUCGAGCUUGAUACGACGUCAUGCAGCAUUUUUGGUUUCUGAUUUUUUGCUUAUAUAAAUACGGUCACAAUUGUCAUUGACAAUGUACCGUUUUUCAUCAAAUUUGACACGAACAUAUAAAACUUUGCACACUUAAAUUGCAGUGAGCUGUCGUUAAGAUAGUAAAAGUUUUACAUCUCAAUAUAUAGAUAUAGGAAGAUGUGGUGUGAGUG